AUGGCGGAGGAGGUGCCCGCCUCCCCGGUGGGCAGCGCGACCAGCCGGGGCCUGCACAGAGACAUCAUCCAGUGGUUAGUUGACAAUUUCUGCAUUUGUGAAGGAUUCACUGUGCCUCGAGGCCUCAUGUAUGAGAUUUAUAUGGAGACCUGUGGGCAGAGUGCUCAAAACCAAGUCAACCCAGCAACAUUUGGGAAGCUCGUGCACUUGGUGUUUCCUGAUCUUGGCACCCGGAGGCUGGGGACAAGAGGAAGUGCCAGGUAUCAUUAUGAUGGAAUCUGUAUCAAGAAAAGUUCUUUCUUCUAUGCCCAGUAUUGCUACCUCUUGGGUAAAAAGAGCUGUCACAGUGGAGAUGUGGUUACCUUUGGAAAAUCUGCUGAUUGUAACGGCAUUAUCCAACAAGAGCAAACUUGUGAAAAUCACUCACCAACAAAGAUGGACCCAGCAGGAUCACCUUUGUCUCCAUUCAGAAGAUGUCCAUUUUGGGAGCAAGAGCUGGCAAAUAAAUACUCCUGUAAAAUGGUAGUGUUCCUGGCUGAUGAGUACUGCAGCUAUUGUCAAGACGUUUUACAGAACGUGAAGAACCAAGAGCUUGAGAAGGUGGAAGACUUACUUACAUCCUUCUGGAAAUCUCUGCAGCAAGACACAAUCAUGUUUAUGUCAUUGCCUGAUGUGCGCCAGCUCUUCCGAUGCUAUGACAUGCAGUUAUAUAAGGGACUUGAAGAUGUUCUCCUCCGUGACUUUCUUGAAGAUGUCACUAUUCAGUACCUGAAAUCUGUCCUCUUGUUCAGUAAGAGAUUUAAGCUGUGGCUUCUUAAUGCUCUGGAAGGUUUUCCAGCCAUUUUACAGAUCUCCAAACUCAAAGAAGUCACUGGAUUUGUCCAAAGACUCAGAAGAAAGACCUACCUUUCCAACAUGGCGAAGACCAUGAAGUUGGUCCUGAAGAACAACAGAAGGGUCAGCCUCUUGAAGUCAGAUCUGCAUGCCAUCAUCAGUGAAGGCUCUUUCUAUAUUUCUAAGAAGGUCCUGGAAGGUGAUUCAGGCCAAGAAGAGGAGCUGGAGAGCCACACAGAGAUGAAAUGUUUAGGCUGUUUAAUUUCUUUACUGGAAACAUCAACUGAUCUCUGUGAAUUUCUGAAUUGCGUGUCUUCAAACCUCCAAGCACUUGUCUUCAAGCCAAGCAGAAGCAAGGAGGAGUUUCUCAAACUGGCUGCCAGCUUCCAGCUCAGAUGGAACUUCCUCCUCACUGCAGUGAGCAAAGCCAUGACCAUGAGCCACAGAGAAAGUUUGGGCGCCUGGCAUCUGUUUCAUUUGCUGCUUUUGGAAUAUGUGACUCACAUAAUCGAGUCAUGCAUAGAGGAGGAAGAGGAAGAAGAGAACCUGUGCAGUCUCCAGGACUUGCUGUCAGAUGACCAAUUUCUCAGCCAGCCAGAGCAUACCCUUACUCACUCUCUAGAUUCUCUGCCAGCAUCAGAGUGUGCCAGCCAGAGUGUGGAGUCCCCUGAGGCAACACUGGAACACAUGAGUCAGAGCUGUGGGCCUGUGGCCUUGAGCAGCAUAGUUCUCCAGGUGCUGGGCUUCCUGGUGGACACCGCCACAGGCAAUAAGCUCAUCCAGGUAUUACUUGAAGACAAGGCCACCGAGAGCGCUGUUAAACUCAGCCUUCCUGUGGGUCAAGAAGCUCUCGUAACCCUAAACAAUGGACAGAGAUUUGUGAUUCACAUAUCAGAUGUACCCCAAAGCUCUGAGACUACGUAUUGUAGAAAAAGCAAUACUAAGAUGCAAGGUGGUUUGUUUGAAUAG